AGCUGAAGAGAGUCGAAGAUCAUUGUCACAUCCAUAACCUCAAAAGCAAACAAACUGUGACAUUUGAAGUAAUUGGAUUGGUUUUCCCUAAACCGUAACCAUCGGAUGGAAUUUUGAUCAAUCAAAUAUCGAGGAUUUAGGGUUAAGUGAUGGCAGAUAAAGAGGAAGAGGAUUCUCCUUCGAAUCAGCCUCCUGAGGAGAGUGAGAAGGUGACAACAGAGGCUGAUGGUGAGGCAGCUGAAACAUCGAUACCACCUGACAGCAGUUUGGCUGAGAAAGAUGAGUCCCAAACAGCUACAAAAGACAAAACUAAAAUCGAUAUUCUGCUGAAGGCAACUGGUAAUGCGCCAAUAAUGAAGAAAAAAAAAUGGUCUGUGUGUCCUGACCAGCAUAUUGGGUGGAUCUCUGAGUUUGUAAAAAAAUAUUUGAAGCUGAGCGCCAAUGAACGAUUGUUUCUCUACAUAAAUCAGACGUUCGCCCCAGCCCCCGACCAAACAGUGAGAAACCUCUAUGACUGUUACGGAACAGAUGGCAAGCUGAUAAUCCACUACUGCAAGAGUCAAGCAUGGGGUUGAUGCCACCCAGCCCUUCAGCCCCUUGUACCAGUCGUAGACAGGCACAUUUCACUCUUCUGCAGACAUCGCUGUCCAUUGGCCUCUCCCAGGGACUCAUUCCUCUUCAUUGCAGAAUGCUCUCGAUCGUCUGGGGCGUUCUUCUCUUCUCGACACCUGCAGCUGUCCUGGGCAGGCCUUAUCGGAUCAUACUCGCAGACCUCAGAAUGUUUACCUAGCAAUAUUUGUCAUUCAACAUCGAUCCUUCAAAGAGUUUUUAUUUUAUUUAAAGAUAUUAAAGUGAUUUUAAGUUA